AUGGGUCAUGUAUUGGUCAUAGCACGGACCGUGACACGCACAUCUUUGUUGUCAACUCCAUGCUUAGGAAAACUCUUGUUCCCAGCUCUCUCGUGCACAGUGCUUCAGACCCUCACCCGCCCACAUUCUUCCCUUCGUUCCUGGAAACAAAAACCGGCCGACACUGGGUGCCAGCUAUUCGCCAAGAUGGCGGGCAAGGCCGGGGCUUGGAGGACCGCCGGCGAAGGCGCCGUGCCGAGUCCCCCGCCCGGCGUCCAGCGCGACGGCCGCGCGGCCCCCUCCCCCCUCCCAGGCGCCAUAUCGAGUCAGCGCCGCUGCCCGCCGAUCGCCCCGCGCGCCGCCCCGCCGGCCACGCUCGCCAGCGCCGCUGAUGUCAUCGCAGACGAGAAGGCGUUCAUCCUCCAGACGUACGCCAGGCCGGAUGUCGUGUUCGCCAGAGGGGAGGGCACGCGGCUGUACGACACGGAGGGGAGGGAGUACUUGGACUUCGCCGCGGGGAUCGCGGUGAAUGCCCUGGGCCACAGCCACCCGGGAUGGGUGGAGGCGGUGGAGCGCCAGGCCGCCACGCUGGGCCAUGUCAGCAACCUGUACCACACGAAGCCGCAGGUGGAGCUGGCCAGGGGACUGGUGAGCGCGUCGUUCGCGGACAAGGUGUUCUUCUGCAAUUCGGGGACGGAGGCCAACGAGGCGGCGAUCAAGUUCGCGAGAAAGUGGGCGCGCGUGGCGGCCGGCGUGGACCCGCAGGAUCCAGAGGCCAACGCGCCCAAUGAGAUCGUUUCUUUCUCCAACUCUUUCCACGGCAGGACGAUGGGCGCACUGGCGAUCACAGCAAAGGAGGUCUAUCAGAACCCCUUCCUGCCCAUGAUGCCUGGACAGAAAUUUGCCAAGUACCUGGACUUGGACUCUGCCACGGCAGCCAUCCAGCAAGGCAAAACCUGUGCAGUGUUUGUGGAGCCUGUGCAGGGAGAGGGUGGCGUGAAUCCGUCCACUGCAGCCUUCCUAUCAGGGCUGAGGGACAUAUGCAAUCGAGCAGGGGCCCUGCUCGUUUUUGAUGAGAUCCAGUGCGGCCUAGGACGGACUGGGAAACUUUGGUCCUACCAGAAUUUUGAUGUGGAGCCUGAUAUUAUGACCCUUGCAAAGCCUCUUGCUGGUGGCCUUCCCAUAGGUGCGGUUUUAAUGAGACAGCAAGUGGCAGACGUCAUGAAGCCUGGUGACCAUGGAUCCACGUUUGCUGGCAAUCCCCUUGUGUGCAGUGCCGCAAAUGUGGUUUUCAACACCAUCAGCGACCCGUCUUUCCUGAGUGACGUACAGGCCAAGGGAGCACACCUGAAGCAAGGACUGAUCAGCGCUCUGAAUGAGAAUCCACACGUUAGAGAAGUCCGUGGCAUCGGGUUGAUGCUGGGCGUUGAACUGGACUGCCCUGCAGGUCCUGUGGUGGCCAAGGCACUGCAAAUGGGUUUGCUGGUGAUCACAGCUGGGGGUGGGAAUGUUGUACGACUGGUGCCGCCAUUGGUGGUGACUUUCGAGGAGAUUGACAGGUGUUGUGACAUUCUUGUAGAUGCCUUCAAAGCAUUGGAUUAG